CACAAAGGUCAGACUAUCAGCGACUACAACAAGGGUAUAGAGGAUAUGAACAACAAGGAGUUUGAUGAAGCUGAAAAUUCCAGCUCACAGAACUCUGAAGAUGCAGUCCCUAAUGAAGCAUCUUCAAUUAUAAAAGUUGAAGAGAAAGAGGCUAAGUUUGAAGAUUCUCAUAUUUCAGACAACUUCAUAUCAGAGACUCGGAGUGAAGGAGGUAUUGAAGACCAACAUAAAUUGGACGAACUUUCUGAGAAAGAAGAUCCUCAAAUAUUUGAAGAGACCAAAUCUAAGAGAAGUUAUGAUAAGAGAAAUAAAAAGAAAAAUAAAAAGAAGAAAUGGCAGAAGAAAAAGAGAGAAGCAGCCAAAGAAGAAAAGAAACUUGCCAAAAGAUCUAAAAAUAGCUGAGAUAGUGACCAAAGUGGUCUCUCUUCUCAUAAGCAAACUCAUGGAGCAGGGAUUGGUCAAAAGAAACAAGGGAAAAGAGAGGAGAAGAAUCAAUAUUUUGAACCCAAUCCUUCAUUCAACACUGAGAAUCAGAGUAAUUUGUCAGAAGGAAAGAGAAAUCUGAAGAAAAAGAAGGGAGUCCACUCCACUAACCCUACUUCUGAGAGUUCAUCUUUUAAAGGAUCCUCUGUAAUUUCAAACCAAGAUGCUCAACUCUUUAAAUCAUCUUCAAAAAGGCACACUUUGAAGGAAGACUUAGAUCUCUCAAACACAACUAAGAAUAGGAAGAAAUCUAAGAAAAAGAAAAAUGCGAAAACUAAGCAAAAUAUGGCUUUAAAGACAACAAGGGCUAACUAUUGAUCAGAAAGUGACCAGCAAGACAUCGAUGAGGAGGAUAAGAGCUGAAAUAGCAAAUCUAUUUCCCAGUCUGGAUCAAUGUGGGAGUCAGACCUCAUUGACUCUGUAUUUUCAUCAAACCCAAAGAAAAAGAGCGGGAAGAUAAAGAAAAAGGGCAAAGAGUCAAAAUCUGCCAAUUCCCCAAACACUCCUGAGAAGAAGGUCGAACCUAAAAUAGAAUCUGGGAAGACUAGUGAUGUUGCUGAUUCCAAGAUGAAAAAGAAAGAAUUUAAAGAUAAAGAUACUGAGGAAGACAAAACAGAAGCUAAUUCUGCUUCUCUCAAGCAGCACAAUUCUCUUCCUGUCACUAGGAAUAUCCCUCCUCAAGAAAGCCAGACUCAUCAGGUGAGUGAUUUUAGUACAGAUUACUCACCCCCUCAGGAACAAUGGAAGCAGAAUGAUCAUCACUACGAUACAAGAAAGCACAACAGAAAAGACAGAGGUAGCAAGAAUAUUCCUCAAGAAGCAGUAUCAUCAUUUUAUCAAUGCGAUGAGGAGUAUUCUGAGCCAAAAUACUUCAAUGAUAUUGAGGACUAUAAUAGAAGCAAUAGUUACAACUACUAUCAAGAUUCCAACGAAUAUAUACAGAAUAAUCAGUAUAUGGAUAAUAACAUAGGUUAUUACCAACAAGAUCAGGCUAUGAUGCACUCUCAGGUAGAUCCAACUGCUCAGAGACAAUUCGAAUGAGAACAUUUCCUCUAUACAACUCUUUCAAAAGAGAUUUUAGCUGAAACCUACAAGAUAACAGACCAGGUAAACCAGAUAACAGAAUAUCGUAAUGACAUUAAGCAAGAGAUCGAACAGAUUGCUCUUGAUACUUUUAGUCAGAGAUAUUCUGAUGUACAGGCUCACAUCUAUGGAUCAGUUGCAACAGGACUAGCUCUUCCGGAAAGUGAUAUGGACAUUGUAAUCACUGGAGUAGGUGUAGAAAGAGACCUAUCUCUUCACAAAAGUGAUCUUACUCUGCUAUAUAACCAGAUAACAGAGAGGUUCAGCAAGAAACUUAUUGUUAAGAAGUUGCUCAUUACUGAGACGACUGUUCCAAUCAUCAAACUCUCCUUUGAUCUGUUGGAAUAUUACGAUGAAGUUGUGAAGGAUGACUCUUCUAGGCUACCUUUAGUAGAUUUUAAGAGUCUUGAUAAGAAUCUAAAAAUACUAGCAGUAGAUAUUAGCAUGACUUGUAAUGCUAAUGGGACUGACCACCAUGGCAUAAAAGCAGCAGGAUUUGUUCAAAACUGAUUGAUGCAGUUUCCAAUACUUACACCUAUCUGUCUGAUGCUCAAGAAGUUGUUAGUCCGUAAUGGAUUCAAUGAUCCAUACACCGGAGGAUUAGGCUCGUUCAGUCUCUUUUUAAUGCUCUACGCAGCAUAUUAUAUUGAGAAGAUAAAUGCCUGUGAAGGAUUCCAUUCAGAAGACACACACCCAGCUCGUCUUUUCGCUUGGUUCCUAACCUACUUCGGAGACUAUUUCGAUAUUGACAAAAUGGCUAUUAUCUUCAUGAAAGAAGCUAUCCCCCUAACUAUGCUAAAAGCCUACUGAGGAAUCAGCGAGGAAGGUGAGACCAGACUGUGAGUACUAGACCCCAUCGCUCUCAGCACCCAUAGCCGCCUCAACAACACCACCUGCAAAGUCUGGAGGAUCCUUGAAAUCCGAAGUCUCUUCUCAGAAACCAAGAAGAAAAUCUUCAAAGAGUACAUAAACAUCUACAAUUCUUCAGCCUUCGAUGAAGACCUAACCAUUUUACCAAACCUAAUGUAA